AUGUUUCGUCCCUGUAUCCUCUAUUACAUACAUCGUGCUAUCGUGAACGGGAGGCACUGUUUUGGCACGCCUACUGAAAAUUCUGAUGUGUCGUCAUCGGGUCUGUCGGAUAUCGAUGCUGCCUCCGAACAGAAGCUCCCAGAUCCGCUUAUGAGCUACCCGUUCCGUACUAUUAAUGUCGAUGAUGACCAUUCGGCCGAUGAUGCCUCACGAGUCUGCGGAGGAAUGGAACAUUUGAUGCAUCUGAUGCCGGGGCGAACAGAGGCAGAGGAGUGGCUGCCGUGGAAGGAAACACUCAGGGACGGUUUGAACGAGAAAGGACGGGACGCGAGCGGCCUGGCGCAUGCUCCCAAGGUACGGAGCCUGAUCAGUUCCUGUGGCUUGAACGAGCCAUGGUCCGUCGCAUGGCGUCGCAUUCUCAUGGAUGAUCUUAUCACGCCGUUGGUGGCCCUUGGUUGUCGGCAAGACUUGAACAUCUCUAUUCUGAGCCCCUUGUUGCGGUGA